AUGCAAAGACGGACUCUGGCAAUAGCCGGACUGCCACUGGGAGAUACAGAAGUAGACCCCAAUGACCAACAGGAAUCCCCAACCAGCACAGAUUCCGGCUAUCAAAGCAGACACGGCAGUAAGACCAAGGCUCAACAGGCCAGAAUCAACCGCGACCGCAAAGCCUUCAUACGGGCCCUCGUCCAGCCCAGUGACUUUCACAGUCCCGAAUUCCAACGACUCGGCAUCCAACCUUACUAUUACCAGGUUUACCGAGGCAAGAUUGGUCCGGACUACGCCUGUCAAGCCAGUUGCCUUGAGAUCGCAACGUAUGGUCGGAGUGUCGCGCUUGGAAUCGCCACCAUCUCGUUUCUCGUCACCGGUGCCGCUUCGAAGAAUGAUGCCUUGCUCCGAUAG